AUGGCGAUAGAGGAGGCCGACGGAAAAUCUUGGUUUUAUGAUAUCAAAACGUACAUCCAGAAAAAUGAGUAUCCCGAAGGGGUAGCUAGUAAUGAUCGGAAGACUAUUAGAAGGCUCGCGAUGGGUUUCUUCUCGGAUGGCAAAGUUUUGUACAAAAGAAAUCAUGACAUGACCCUCCUACGGUGUGUAGAGGCAAAGGAGGUUCGACAAGUCAUGCGUGAGGUUCACAAGGGAGUUUGCGGUACUCAUGCUGGGGGCCACUCACUGGCACAGAAAAUACUUAAAAGCAAAUACUAUUGGAUGACCAUGGAAAGAGAUUGCAUUGAUUACACACAGAAGUGCCAUAAGUGCCAAGUAUAUGGUGAUCGAAUACAAGUUCCACCGGCUCCGCUUCAUGUAGAGGUCGCCUCAUAUUCCAGUGUCACACAAGACAUAUUCAAGGUCAGGCACCACAAUUUAGCUCCAUAUAGGCCACAGGUGAAUGGGGCAGUGGAAGCAGCCAAUAAGAACAUUAAGAACAUCUUGGAGAAAAUGACAAAAACUUACAAAGAUUGGCAUGACAAGCUUCCCUUCACUCUGAUGGCUUAUAGGACUACAGCUAGAACCUCCACGGGUGCUACUCCUUUCUCCUUGGUGUACGAAAUGGAGGCAGUGAUCCCAGUAGAGGUUGAAAUCCCAUCUCUAAGAGUCCUGAAAGAAGCAGAGUUGCCUGAGGAAGAAUGGGUUCAAUCCUGGUAUGACCAGUUAAACCUGAACGAGGAAAAAAAGAUGACCGCCAUAGCCCACGGACAAUUGUACCAAAGGAGGAUGAUAAGAGCUUUCAACCGGAAAAUGCGGCCUUGGCAGUUCCAGGAGGGGGACCUGGUAUUGAAGAAGAUUCUACCGAUCCAUGCGGAACCUCGUGGCAAGUGGACACCAAACUAUGAAGGCCCUUACGUGUUGAAGAAGGCAUUCUCAAGAGGUGCCCUAUUGUUGGUAGAUAUGGAUAGAAUCGGCCUAUUGCAUCCCGUUAAUUCUGAUGUUGUAAAGAGAUAUUAUGCCUGA